UAAAUAUAAGCGAGACACAGAGGAAGAGAAGACGAAGAAUAAGGCGACCAUGUUGAUUUAAAGGAAGAAGAAACACAAAAGAAACGAUUUAUUUCAACUAAAAAUCAGUUAUUAUAGCGAAUUGUAAAGAAAUUGGUUGAGCAACCGCACACUGAGUAUCCUAUGUAAAAUAAAAGAGAAACUAAGGUUACAAGAUUGAGUUGUUGGCUGACUUUUGAGGAGGCAGCGGGUUAAUCACGGCCACACACGUCACACACCGACCUGAAGACCUGUGGUGCCCGGCGAGAGAGGGUCAAACACCUGGAGGAGAAAGGAAACGCACACUGAGGACUAAAAAGGGGUGGAAAGCUUUUUGGCUUUGGACUAGAAACCCCCUUGUAUUUGUGAAUUCAGGAUCCAGUUUUUUUUCACACAGUCGAGCGACGUAAUCCACACAGUGGAAAUAAUAAAAGGAAAUCAUUACAGACCUUAUGAUUUUGGGGAAAUACUUGUACAAAGUUGGACAACCUUUUUUUCAAGGACGGGGAUAUUGAGCAACUCUUUGGACUCAAAGAGGAAGUUUUGUUCAAUUUGAAACAAAAGCAUUAAGCAUUGAACUAAGAUUAUUUUGAAGAGGCUGUUCCCCAAGUUCAGAUUGCCUUAGUUGUUCUAAUUCAGGACUUGAACCGCUUUGAUACUUGUUCACAUAUAAUUUUUCUAUUUGUGGGCAAGUAUAUUCAUGCAAAUGAGUGCAAAUUUCUCUUCAUUUUGAAGAGCUCUUGUGUAAAAACGUGUUUUUGUUGUUGUUCUUGUACGUCAGUCACUCUGUUGUUGAAGGGGACCGAACUGCACGUACAUGUGUAUAUGUAAAUACUACAAAUUGACUUCUGUUGGACUUAAAAAGAAUAGAGAAUAUUGUUUGUUAAUGCUUUAUUAAACUUUUUUACUUUUGAAGAGAAUUUUUAAAAAGAAAAACCUAAGAGGCAAAAAUCUAAUACUUUGAAGAAGAAAAAAAACAAGGAAAACAGGAAUAAUGGCAACGGCCAGAACAGAAAACUCUGGCCCCGUCAUCAUGGGACUGAACAAGCAGAACGGGCAGCUCAGAGGACAGACCAAACCAGCUCCAGUCCAGCCAGCACCCACAACUCAAGGAAAGGCUCCGGCUGCACCCCAGACAGUGGGCGGUGCCGCUCAGGACGGAGGAGGCAUCAAGUUCGGGGACGACUGGAAGAAGAGCCUAAAGCUCCCUCCCAGAGACGACAGAGUCAGAACCUCUGAUGUCACGUCUACUAAGGGGAAUGAGUUUGAAGAUUACUGUCUCAAAAGAGAACUCCUGAUGGGUAUCUUUGAGAUGGGUUGGGAGAAACCUUCCCCUAUCCAGGAGGAGAGCAUUCCCAUCGCCCUGUCUGGACGGGAUAUUCUGGCUCGGGCUAAGAAUGGAACAGGAAAAAGUGGAGCCUAUCUCAUCCCAAUGCUGGAGAGAAUCGACCUGAAGAAGGACUACAUACAGGCACUUGUCAUGGUGCCCACCCGGGAGCUGGCACUGCAGGUGAGCCAGAUCUCCAUCCAGAUCAGCAAGCACCUGGGGGGGGUCAAAGUCAUGGCAACCACAGGGGGCACCAACCUGCGAGAUGACAUCAUGCGUCUGGAUGAGACCGUGCAUGUGGUCAUUGCCACGCCUGGUAGGAUCCUGGACUUGAUAAAGAAAGGCGUUGCAAAAGUGGAUAGAGUCCAGAUGAUGGUGAUGGAUGAGGCGGAUAAGCUGCUGUCUCAGGAUUUUGUGGUGCUCAUUGAGGAUAUCAUCAGCUUCCUGGCCAAGCACAGGCAGAUCCUGCUCUACUCUGCAACCUUCCCCAUCAGCGUGCAGAAGUUCAUGUCCAAGCACCUUCAGAAACCCUAUGAGAUAAACCUGAUGGAGGAGCUGACUCUGAAGGGCAUCACUCAGUACUACGCCUACGUCACGGAGAGGCAGAAAGUCCACUGUCUCAACACGCUGUUCUCCAGGCUUCAGAUCAACCAGUCGAUCAUCUUUUGUAACUCCACUCAGAGGGUGGAGCUGUUGGCCAAGAAGAUCACUCAGCUGGGAUACUCCUGCUUCUACAUCCAUGCCAAGAUGAUGCAGGAAUACAGAAACCGUGUGUUCCACGACUUCAGAAAUGGACUGUGCAGAAACCUGGUCUGCACUGAUCUGUUCACCAGGGGCAUUGACAUCCAGGCUGUCAAUGUGGUCAUCAACUUCGAUUUCCCCAAGAACGCUGAGACGUACCUCCAUCGCAUUGGAAGAUCAGGGAGGUUCGGUCACCUGGGCCUGGCCAUCAACCUGAUCACAUCAGAGGACCGCUUCAACCUGAAGUCCAUCGAGGACCAGCUGGUGACCGACAUCAAGCCCAUCCCCAGCAGCAUCGACAAGAGCCUCUACGUGGCCGAGUUCCACACUUCCGGAGGAGACUGCGACGUGGAGGAGAUCGAGGAGAAACCAGGACGCCAACAGGACGGCAAAUAAUAACAGGACACGCCGGGCUUUAGCACAGACAACACACGAGCUUCAGGCAACUCUUCAGCUUCUCUUGUUUUCAAAGCCUGUCAAAUGGAUGAAAAGGUGUUUUUUUAUUUUUAAGCAUUUCAUUGUCUUUUUCUCCCAAAAAGCUGCCUCAUUCUUAUCAUUUUUUUGUAUGAAUUCAGAAGCAAUAUUGUUUUGCACCAAACUCAUGGACCAUGCAUCCUGCGUAUGAGCCUAGUGUGUUUACUAGUAUCUCAGUGACACAGCAGCGUAAAUGAGUAUCAAAGCUGUUCAGAAGCCAUUGCUCUGGACACGACUUCCAUUAUCGCAGCCUCUUUAACGUUGAAGCGGUGCACUCCCAGCGGCCGUCGUCCUGUCCACUCACUGUUGUCGUCACUCAAGUGCCUUACUUAUACUCCCAUGUGCACUCAUCCAUUCAUAGCCUGCUGUUUCCUGUCACUGUGCAGCAGAGUACGAGCACAACUACGAUGAAUUUAACCUAAACCCCAGUUAAUUUAAAAAACAUCCAUUAUGCAAGGGAAAAGACAACACAAACAAACAAUCUCCGUAAAAACAUCCUGAAUGUGAACGUUUAUUUUUAAUAUGAACGUUGCAAUAAAAAAAAAAAGGGCAGCUUUAUUGAAAUACUGCGUGACUGUUUUUCCCUUUCCCUAUGAAUAAUACAGAGUUUAGAUGGGUAGAAACACAAGGCCCCAUACUGAUUCCUGGAUGUUAGCCGCUCAGCAGCACGGGGGAUUAAUAGCAGCCUCAUGCUGUGACAUUAUGGCUGUUCUAUAUAAAUACGAAAUAACAUCCUAUUAGGCUGGUGAAUACUGUAAACCCAUUGGCCAGGGAAGCUGUUGAUGACAAACUGUCCUCCUCCUGCACGCUGCUACAGCACAGGAGCGUCAGAGGCGGCUUCUCAGCAGCUUUGAUGGAAACAUUUGCCGACAAGCUGAUACACAUUUCUGUAACAACGGGUCCAAGGAAUACUUUUUUUUUUAUGGAGUUUUGUGCAAAACAAUAGUGUUUAAUUUUUCCCGACUGCUUCGGAUUAAUUAAGAUUUUGUGGAAAAACAAGGAGCAUUUUUGCAAAUCCUUAUUAUUAUUAUUAUUAUUAUUAUUUUUAAAGCCCCAUCAUGUUCAAAUUGAAGUUGGUGAAUGUAUAUGUGAAUACUCUAUCCCAAUGCCAAGCUCACCAGCAUAUUCCCCAGUGUUUAGUUGCUGCUGUUGCAUUAGAAACUCCUCUUCUGGCUGUAUGAGCUUGAAUACUG